GCGCGGGGAGUUGGAAAAGGUGGAGGGGGGGGGCCGCGGGACAUUAUGACAGCAUGUUAUCUCAAGCGUCCCUUGAACCUCUCAUUUUCGCUUCCAUUUUUUUUCCUCCCCUCACUCGGCUCCACGUGACUAUAACGUUAUCUCAAUCAGUCCGCCAUUUUACUUUUUUUUUUUUUUUGGUUAUAUUUCUUCAAAUGUCACAGCGGCGAUGUGAUGGCAACCGGGACAUAGGAGAAAGCUGGAUGUCCGACGCUGCCUGAAUGCGCCGCCGAGUCCAAUCGCUUUUUGGCCUCUGGUGUCAAACCGUCCGUCGGUCUCGCGCUGCCGUGUGAAGGAGGAAAGGAAGAAGGAAAAUUCUAGGAAGACACUGCUGUGUGUGUCAAAAAAAAAAAACAAAACAAAACAUAAAGGCGGCUUGUGGCUGUGGAUAUUCAUUGUGACGUGGGAGCUAGCGCGGCAGGUGCACCGCGGCGGCUUCGGGAUUGUUCGCGUCUGCCGGUGAGCCCCACACCGCCUACGCCGGUGCCCCUCGGAGGGGGGGGUGGCAGGAGGGGGAGACAGCCGCAUCGGGCCGGUGAGCGCCCCCGAAGUCCUCCCAAGGUUCCUGUCACCGAGCACCCUCGGCAACAUGGCGUCCGGACCGUCGGAGCAGACCGACGUCCUGCAGGAGGAACUCACGUGCCCCGUGUGCCUGGACGUCUUCCACGACCCGCACUUGCUUCCCUGCGGCCACAACUUUUGCAAAAUGUGCCUGGACCGGCUGCGGCGCAUAACGGAUCAGAGCCGCUUCCAGUGCCCGGAGUGCCGUGACAGCCACCGCUGCAACAGGAGCUUCCAGAAGAACUUCAAGCUGGCCAACAUCGCCUUCGACUUUCGCCGUCGGCGUAGGGCCGCCGCGGCCGCCACCGCCGCCACCGCUCAGGCCCCCAAAGAUUCCGUCGCGUCCGCCUCGACGAGCCGACAGGACUGCGUUCCGUGCGACUACUGCCCUCCGCCCUCCGCGGAGCCGCCCGGCGCCUCCGUGGACGCGGGCUGCUCUCAGGAAAAAGGCGACAUGCAGGAGUGCGCUGCCGCCUCCGGCAUGGCGGUCAAGAUGUGCCUCAAGUGCGAGGUGUCCAUGUGCGCCGAGCACGUCAAGCCGCACCUGGAGCUGCCGGCGUUCCGAGAGCACCCGCUCACGGAACCCCUGAGGGACUUCUGGAAGAGAAAGUGCCCCGAUCACGACGAGCUCUUCAGGUACUACUGCCUCGACGACAAAGUCUGCGUGUGCACCGUGUGCACCAUCGAAGGGCGACACCUGGGACACACGAUCAAGACCCUGAAGAACACCAUGAAAGACAUCAAGCAGGAGGGUUUGAACAAGCAGCUCCACAAGACCGAGAGGAAGUACAGCGUGGCCAAGAAGAAACUUCACGAGCAGACGGAGAAAGAGAUCCAGAAUAAGAAGUUCUUGGAGGACGCCGAGGGGUGCCUGGCCCGGCUCCGCCAGGACCUGGAGGAGAAAGUGGCGGCCUUCGUGAGCCGACUGAUGCAGCGCACUCGGGCCACCUGCGAGACGGUCGGGCCCGCCAUCCAGAAGAACAUCUCCCGCAUCUGCCAGGACCUGGCUCGACUCCGCGAGGUGCGCUGCGGCAUCAAGAGCCUCGUGCAGGAAAACGACCCGUUCCGCUUCAUCGAGGCUUACAAGACCACUGGACAACAAUGCCGUAAACAGCUGAAGAAGAGCAUGUUCUACCCGGAAUUCGUGGAACUGGAUCAGGGGCUGCUGGGCAUCAUGAUGGAGGAGGAACUGCAAAAGUUCCUGGACCUGGAUCUCACGUUUAACGUCUUUGCGGCCAUCAACUUCAUAUGUCAGCGCUCGGAUAUCGCGGGGGAGCGUGGCGAAAACGAGGACGGCGCCGGGGAGGCGGACGGCGACCGCGACGACAACAACGACCUUGACGACAGCAGCGAGGAGGAGAUGAGCGGGGAUGAGGAAGAAGAGGGAGACGAGGAGGAGGAGGAGGAGAAUGAAGGGCAUGAAUUGAGUGAGUCUGAUGACGAACUUUACAUCCCGGAGGAGGACGAGGAGGAAGAGGAAGAUGCACAAGAGGAAGAAGAUGAAGAGGAUGAUGAUGAUGAUGAGGACGAUGUUGACGCGAGAGAUUAGACCCGCGCGCACACAAUUCUGAAUGUAGACACCAAGGAUGUCACUUAAAUACUGUGAUUUUUUUUUUUUUUUUUUUUGUAAACUACUUUACUGGGUAUUCUCCCCAUUUAACGGUUACGAGCAUUUAUUUUGAAAAGGGCAAAAAGGUUCUCGGUUGGAAUCUGUGUGGCGUUCGCCGUUUGCAUGGCUUUACCCCGCCCAUAUUUCAAGAGCAUUUAUUUUGAGUUGACUUGUGAGGUCACUUGGUCUGGCAGAAUCUCUAUAUUUAAAAAAAAAAAAAAAGGAAUUUGUAUAAAUGCUUUGGGGAGGUGCUUUGCAUUGUGCUAACAAUUAACAGCUACUGAAUGAUUAUAUAUCUUCAAAUGUUAUUUUGUUCACUUAAGCCAGAGCGUUUGCACUUUAAUUCAGAGAUGUUGUAUUAAGUGGGGCCUGCAGUAUUUGAAUGUUGGAUCUAAAUGUUUUGCUACCAGUCAUUUUCUGAUAAACCGAAAUGUUAAUAAAAAUGAUAUUUGAAAUGAAAUUUUAUUUGGUUGUAGAAAUUAAAAAAAAAAAAAAACAUAGGAACUCACACAUUUCGACAUUUUCACGUGGACGCAUAGAGUGCGUACCAGCGUCUGGUUAGCACUAAUUUGAUGUAAAAUAGUUUGCAAAAUGAAGGUUUCUUCUCUUGUCCAUAAAACAUUUCCCCCCCCCCCCCCCGAGGAUAUAAUACCGUUAUUUUGUUGUCAACUUGUAAAACUCGAAUGAAAGACAACGAGUAAAGACAAAUGGCAGCCCACAUUUUGUCCACACACGGACAUAAAGACGACGUACCGACUUCCGCUUCUACAUCCGCUGUUCGCAAGUGAAUAUCUGAACGCUGCUAAGUUGCAUAAGCGUGCAAAUAUGAAUCCCGUUUUGAGAAAGGUGAUACGAAUUAAAAACCAAGUAUGGACGAAUGCUAACGUGGCAGCAAUUUCACACUAGACGUUCCCUUGUCAAGCGCUGUUCCUCUGCAGGCAAGGUAGAAGCUACUUUUGUCUUCCAAGGGGUUCUGGAUGUCAACAGCUUCCUGUGUGGGGAGGUGCGGUGGAGACCCAAGAAAGGCAAUACAGAGGGUCUUCGACCGAAGGCAUCGGGAGGUGGCGCCAUCUCCUACCCAGACAAGCG